UGCGCAAUAGUGAAAGCACACCAGGAGAAAUUCGAAAAACACAGUGAAGAAGUGGACAAAGCAAUUGAACAGUUGCAGCAACAAGGCCCAUCUGAAAAUGCUUGGACAGCUUUUGCCCCUGAAGCUGAAGUGGAUAAUUUGGAGUGCAUUGCAGAACGAGAUGAUGUCAAUCCUGAUGAAGAGGAUGAGCAAGAUGAUGUACCAGGAAUACCAGAUUCUUCUUGAAGAUGGAGAUGGAGUCGUUCCUCAGAUAAAGGCACCACAGAUAAGUGUUGAAUUUGUCAGGAAGAUGUUUCAAAGUCUAAAUGAGACACAGGCAGCAAUAUUCUACAUUGUCCGUCAGUGGUGUCAGAAGCGUGUCUGGGGUCAUAAUCCGGAACAGUUUUUUUACUUCGUGUCAGGUGGUGCUGGUUGUGGAAAAUCACAUGUCAUUAAGUGCAUAUAUACGGAAGCAACCAAGAUCCUAAGACAACUGCCUCGACUUCAGGAGGAAGGGGAUCUCUCUGUGCCUACAGUGAUUUUGAGUGCAUUUACAGGAACAGCAGCAUUCAAUAUAUCUGGUAAAACACUGCAUUCCAUUUUAAAACUGCCAAGGAACUUAAAGCCACCUUAUCAAGGACUUGGGAAUGCUCUAGAUGAACUACGAGCAGAAUUAUGCAGUGUGGAAAUUCUCAUCAUCGAUGAAGUGUCCAUGAUUUCGAAGGAUCUUUUCGCCUAUGUAAACUGGAGACUUCAACAGAUCAGAGGCAGCAAGAAAGCAUUUGGAGGAAUCUCUGUUCUCGCUGUAGGAGACUUUUACCAACUACCACCUCUCGGUAAAGCCAAACCGCUCUGUGUGUAUGAAGAUGAUGUUCUGGACUUCUGGAAGGACAGUUUUCAAAUGAUUACCCUUACAGAGAUCAUGCGUCAGAAGGAGGACCUUGCUUUUGCUGAGCUUCUAAACCGACUGCGAGUGAGGCAGAAGACUGAUGCUCUUAGAGAAGAAGAUAGAGUUCUGUUACUCCAAGCUGUAAAGAACGCAGAAGACUGCCCGCAUGAUGCUCUGCACAUAUUUGCAACCAACAAGGAAGUUCACAUGCACAAUACCAAAACAAUACAGGCUAUUCACACUGACAUCAUAACCAUUGAUGCCGAAGACUACAGGAAAGACCCAAGAACAGGAGUGAUGAAAAGACAAAAGAAACCUGUCACUGGAAAGAAGGACGACUUGCUGGAUUCUAUACAAGUUGCAGUGGGAGCUCGUAUAAUGGUGACAAGGAAUCUGGAUGUUGAAGAUGGAAUUGUAAAUGGAUGUUUUGGUCAGAUUGUUAACAUUGUCACUAAAACAAGAGAUGGAAUCGCCACUGUACACAUGCUAGGACUUCAGCUCGACAAUCCAAAUGCAGGUCUGAAACACCGCAGAAGAGUGCAAGGUGAAGACGACAACUCUGUGUAUAUUGAGAGAUCUGAAGAAAGUCUGAGAAAAGGAACAGUUCGUCGUCAAUUUCCCAUCAAGCUCGCUUAUGCCUGCACAGCUCACAAAGUUCAAGGAAUGACAAUGCAGUCUGCCGUAGUGUCAUUGAAAAAGAUUUUUGAACCUGGAAUGGCCUACGUUGCCCUCAGCCGAACGACGUCGCUUUCUGGAUUACACAUAACAGACUUCAUUGAAAAGAAGAUUUAUGCUGAUCCUGAAAUCACAGCAUCGUUGCAGAACAUGAGAAAAGUGACAUUCGAAGGAAUCAUGCCACUUUUGCAACACAUAAGGGAAAUCAACCAGGACCAAACACUUAAAAUAGUUCACCACAACACGGAAGGACUGUCAUCUCACAUCGAGGAUAUCAGAUGCCAUCAUGAGCUACUUUUAUCGGAUAUUCUUUGCAUAACGGAAAGUCACUUGUCUGGCUCAUGUAUUCCACAACAUCUCCAGUUGGAAGGAUACAAGAUGUUUGCACGGAAUAGACAUGUCUCCUACUCAACGCAUGCAGAAAUGGCAAAGAAAGACGGUGGUGGAGUUGCAAUAUUUUGCAAAGAAGAUAUUCAAGCUCAGUCCAGACAGUACAUCCAAAGUGUCACAGACCUGGAGUUUGUUGUCAUCAAAAUCGACACCCCAAUGUGUGCAACAAUUGCUGCAGUGUACAGGCCACCAAACUACAGUCUUGAAAAAUUCUUGCCGAAUUUAAGGGGCCUACUUGAUUAUCUGGACAUCGUAGACAAACAUCCUGUAAUCAUCAGUGGAGACUUUAACGAGGACCUCUUAUCUGCUGGAAGAAAGGCUAUACUGGAGAUGUUUCAAUCCAAGGGAUAUACACAGCUAAUCACAUCAGCUACAACUGAGAAGCACACACUACUGGAUCACAUAUACAUCUCACAUCCGGACUUGUGUCUUCAGUCAGGUGUGUUACAGACCUAUUACAGUUACCACAAUCCUGUGUACUGUAUAUUGCGAAAAUGACAUUCUGUGGUUGGCCAAUAUUGUCGUGUUUUAUGCCAUAAGGAAUCGUGGACUACGCAUCAACUUUCUUCAGGCUCUGUGGUGCUGGACGUGCAUAAUGUGGUGGUUAUGAUUGUGGUGUUUCGAGAGAUGGAAUGAUGGGGCAAUAAGUAUUAACAGUUGCAAUAGGGCUCUGACAGCCUUAGCCAAUGUGUUGACUCGAAUGGUUGUGCAUUAAUUGUUGUGUUAUGCCAUACGAAACCGGGGGCCACUGAACCUGCAUUAACGACGACAGUGGAGGCUCACUGACAGCCUUAGCCAACGGGUUGGUGCGUAUGGUCGUGUUGUUUUGUUGUCUUGCAUUGUGUUGUCAUGCCAUACAAAACCGGGGGCCACUGAACCUGCAUUAACGACGACAGUGGGGGCUCACUGACAGCCUUAGCCAACGGGUUGGUGCGUAUGGUCGGUUGUUUUGUUUUCUUGCGUUGUAUUGUCAUGCCAUACAAAACCGGAGGCCACUGAACCUGCAUUAACGACGACAGUGGGGGCUCACUGACAGCCUUAGCCAACGGGUUGGUGCGUAUGGUCGUGUUGUUUUGUUGUCUUGCGUUGUGUUGUCAUGCCAUACAAAACCGGGGGCCACUGAACCUGCUUUAACGACGACAGUGGGGGCUCAAUGACAGCCUUAGCCAACGGGUUGGUGCAUAUGGUCGUGUUGCAAUGAGAUUGUGGCAUCUAUGGUCAUUUAACAGUGUUAUGGCAGUGAGUUACAAAGCAGGUACAGCAGCAGGAAGGACGAAGGAGUAAUGUGGCAGCACGAGGGAGGACACUAGGAAGUAAAGGCGGCGGCAGCAGCAUACAGGAUGCAGUGAGGAUUAGUGUGGCAACUCCAGGGAGGACACAGACAGUGAGAGCAACAGCGGCAUUGCAGGAAGAAUUUUGAGACGAUAGCAGUCCUAUCCAACAAUGGAUAUGAGUGUGCAAUAUACCAUCUAAAGCUAAGUGUUUUAAGAACUUGCUUCAGUCACUGUACUACUGCACAUUGUAACUACUUUUGGAGGAAUAUUUUAAGCUAAUUCUGAUUUUGAUGUUUUUCAGGAAGCGCCAGGUCAGAAUGUCUGAGAAGAUCAAGUGUGCUACAACACCGAUAAUGACAAGCUGGGUACAUUGGAAAGCUGGAUUUCUUUAAAUAAUGUGACCAAACCCAUUUGGCAUUUAGGACAAUACUGAAGACUAAAGAACCAAAUGAAGAACCACAUUGAAGCAGUAGAGGGUGUCCAGCCUGUAUGCAAUGUCAGAUCCAGCGGAGAGAUGUCGGGAGCUGCUUCACUACACCGCUCAUUGCAUUAAUUAAUUUCAUUUUAUUUAAAAUUUAGUUUUAUCAUAUUAAAUAAUUGGUUUCUAUAUAUAGAUAUAGAUAUAUAGAUAUUAAAAUAUAAAAUAUUAGUUUAAUAUAAUAAUUGGUUUCAAUAUAUAGAUAUAUAGAUAUUAAAAUCUAAAAUAUUAGUUUAAUAUAAUAAUUGGUUUCAAUAUAUAGAUAUAGAUAUAUAGAUAUUAAAAUCUAAAAUAUUAGUUUAAUAUAAUACUUGGUUUCAAUAUAUAGAUAUAGAUAUUAAAAUCUAAAAUA